CUGCUCUUGCUGCUUGUAUACCGUAAGCCCGUGAAUACGGCUCUGCAUGGCGGGACAUAUGCUACGUAUGGGAUCAUGACCAUAUACUCAAUACUACGCGACAAUGGAUAGACCAGACUCUGCGGAGGCCGCUGCUAAUGAAGCCCCAAUGCCCGUCCAGGACGAUGCUGCUAUUGAGGAGCCGUCCUCUCCCACUUCUGCGCCGUCGAGCCCGCACGAAAGCACAAUAGCGUCCACGCUGCAGUCAUUCACCGAUCGAGCCCUCCACUUCCUAUCACAUGCAACUAAUGAGACUCUUGGCGCAUGUUUAGUUGGUCUGGGAGCGACUACGUAUCUGGUCCUGGGACGAGUUGGGCUGGUCAUUAUUGGCGUCGCGGGCGGCGUAGUAUUGCAUGCGACAUGGGAAGGAGUACGAGCUGACCAUCGAGACGAAGCCACGAAGAAGAUAGACGAAGAACGGAAGCGCGAAGCAAGUAUCGAGGUGGCCAGAAGACUGCUCGAAUUGCGGUCGAGCAGGCCACAUUCGAGGACUGCAGAGGAUACCAGAAUAUUCGCGAGCCACGCGCUUGACUACUCCUCCUUCGGCCCAGAGACUGCAGCGGCUUUGGAUGCGUUUACGACUGCAGUCAUUAGGGACUAUGUUCAUUAUUGGUACGAUACCACGAUUCCCGGCGAACAGAGCUUUCCAGCAACAUGUCGAAGAACAUUCACCGCAUUUGUCCUGUCUCUUUCCGGGCACCUUCAGCGUAAGAGGCCUGCCGAUGCUUUUCUCGACUUUGUUAUGAACGCCAGCUCUAUGAUCAUCGUGUUUCUACAGGAGCUGGCCGCAGCUUUGAACGCGUCGCCGAAUGCGACCGCCGAGGAAGCCAUUUCGACAUACCUGCUUAUGAAGCCUGAAAGUCACCUAGCUCAUCUCUUGGACCGAGACUCGCAGGCAUUAAAGAUGGGAGACAGCGCCGAAGACGUCUUGCAGUCAUACCUUGAUCCGAAGCACACCAACUGUCCGCCUGUAUACGUUUUCUUGAAAGAAGUUUUCGCAAAGCUUGUGCUUGGAUAUACCGUUGACCAUUGUUCCCAACCAGCAUGGAUCAAUGACUGGAUCGUGUAUGGAUUGGAAAAGUCGGAAACCGCAAAAGAAGUCAUGGAUAUUGUUGACGCUGGCAUGGAAGGCAGGAAGCAGGUCGACGCGCCAAAGGUGGAACAACAGAUAGCUCAAAAGCAGCCUCCAAACGAUAGUGGAUCUGUAGCGGCGAAAGAGCAUAGAAGGAGAAUGAGUCGAGCGGAAGAAGCUAUGGACGAAGCGAUGCAGGAAGCACGAAGAUUGACUGAGCUCAUGAUCGCCGAGGACGAGCGACGUGCGGCCGAAGAGCGUGCAAAAGGCACAGAGACUCCUCCAAUCGCGGGAGAUAGCUCAGAUGCAACGACGCAAGGAGCACCUACUCCCACAUCAAGCCAGAGCGACCGCGACCGUCAGACUGACGAUACAUCAUCUAUCAGCGAAACUGCAGUGGCUUCAGAGGAACAACUUGCUUCGCCCAGUAAACAAUUCACCAGUUUCGAUCAGAUGUUGCCAAGGACCCAAGCAACCGCGCUGUCGAUGGACAGUCCCUCGAAGGAGCAACCGGCAGCGGUCUUGACACUGCACAAUGCGAAUAUCUCCAUCUUUGAUGAUAGUGUGCCUGGCGAAAAGGCGUCGCUCAAAGCGAAGCCAACUACAGAUUAUAUGGUUCAGAUCGAACCCGUCUCUUCUGCAUUUCCCGGCUGGAUGAUAGUUCGGAAGUAUGCUGACUUUGAGACUCUGCACGAAGUGUUGCGUCGGCUCUCCACUAUCACUGGCGUGCCCUUCGCAAAUGUGCAUCCGGAACUGCCAAAGUGGAGGGUUCAUACCAAGGCGUCUUUACGCACCGAACUGGAGCGCUACCUGACUGACGCGGUGCGGUACCAACCAUUGGCCGAGAGCGAAGGCAUGAAACGAUUUCUAGAAAAGGAACAGGGCAUGAGCAAAUCACCAAAUGGUCCAGGCAAGGGCUUUGGCUGGCCGACUCCAGAUGCAUUUGGCAAGAUCGGAGACAACAUGUUCAAUGCCCUCACAAAGGCACCAAAACAAGUCGGCGGUGGCGUUGCUGCAGGUGGCAAAGCUGUUUUCGGAGGAGUUGCGGGACUCGUGGGAGGCACCAAAAAGGCCAGUCAAUCCCAGUCCAAUCUUGCUAGAUCGAUAACCAGCUCGAGUGUCGACAGCAAUGGUUCCAGGCACAGGUCAAGCAUGCAAAGUGCCGGGCAGUCAUUCAUGACUGACAGCUAUCUUGGAUCUAUGGAAGGUCCUAGGCAAAGUCAGGACUUGCCCAGAUCACCCGCUGCCGAGACAUUAGAAAGGCGUGGCAGCUCAUUCUCAUCCAGGAGUGUCGAAUCCCUUAGAUCUGCCAGGCUUCCACCUAGCAGCUCUCCAAGUCGUCCGACAAGCGUCAUUAGCCAUCCCGAGCUCGGGCUCACCUCAGAAUCUGUCACCGAGCUUCCAGAAGCUGACGAGGAGCCGGAGGAAAGCAUCAGUCUGCCUCCACCACCCUCAGAAAUGCCAGCGGAUUACGAUGCACCUCCUUCUCCAGUCCGGAGGAGCACUGAAGUACUACGAGCGCGAGCUACCGAUUUUCCUGCACCACCUGCAGAGGAACCUCCGAAGCUACCCAAGCGACCUGUGAAGACAGAGAGCAAGCCUCCUUUGACUGAGCGCGAGACUUCCACAGCCAUUGAGCUGAUGUUCGCUGUCAUAACACAACUGUACACACUCUCGGGUGCUUGGCAGAUUAGGCGGACCUUGCUAGGCGCUGCAAAAGCAUACCUGCUUCGACCUGGCAACCCACAGUUGUUGACAAUCAGAGACCUCCUUCAGAAAUCCAUGCUUGAUUCAAACCUUUCGGAUGCCGGUGUAGCUUAUCACGUCUACGAGUUACGGAAGAACACUCUGCCCACUGCCGAAGAGAUGGAGAUCUGGAAGCGCGACUAUCCAGAAAAGACAGACGAACAAAAAGAAGAGCUACGCAUCAAAGCCAGGAAGCUGCUCGUCACGAAAGGCAUGCCACAAGCCCUCACGAGUGUCAUGGGUGCUGCGGCAAGCGGAGAAGCCCUUGGCAAGGUGUUUGACUGCCUGCAGAUACCCAGCGUCAGCAGAGGCCUCAUCUUUGGAUUAAUGCUCCAGGCGCUGCGUGUAGUGACACAUUAG